AAGCCUGCUCGUUUGUACUGUUCAGCAGUCGAGGAUUUCUGCUCUAAUUAUUGUGAAUUGCACAGGCUUAAUAUUUACUUGCAGCGUCCUGUUUUUCUACAAUAUUACGAAAAUGAAGACCGAUCGAAUGCGCAUGGUUCUGGGACCUCUGCAUAUUAUUUUUGGAUUUUGCUUCAUCUCCUUGCAGAUAAUCGCGGAGGUUGCCAGCUCCGCAUUUUACACGAAGAACACCGCCGAGGACUUCUUCAAAGCCGGUUUCGCGUUGGGUGCGCUUGACUGGAUUUUGGCGGUGAUCACCCUGGUUAUAUACUGCCGGGACAAAGACAGCCGCGGUCUGCGCGUGGCGGAACUGUUCGUGACCAUAUUCUACGCGCUGCUGAUCGUCUGCUACCUGGCCAUCCGCUUCAGCUGGUUCGUUGACGACCCGGAUUUUUCCGACAACUUCACGGACUGCCACAACAUGCCCAUGUGGCCGCGCUACUAUCUGUGGAACCGACCGCCCCACUGCAGCGCCUACUGGAUCAAGGCGCACAUUAUGUGGUUAACAUUGGGGCUCGCCAUGGCUGACCUUAUCACCUGCUUGGCCGGGUUGGUACUGGUGCGCAUGGUCAAUAAUGCACAGGAGAGGAACAAAAUUUGACCGAUAAGAUGAAUGUUUUGUGGGAGCGAACUGGGUUCUAAUUGUGUGCUUUGAUCUGUGUAUACGAACAGUUUACCAUCGCUUUGAAUUUUGACCAUGCACGGAAAAUACGAGCAUUAUUCAUUUCCAGUUAUAUCUCCUGGUAGAAUUCCCCAAUUCCGUGAGUAAAGACGUGUAGCUUAG